GGUCACUCAAGUUGACCACUUCAACGCUCCUCAUUAUUCAAUCUGCCAACUGACAAGCAAGUCAAACAAUAACAGUCACAAACGUACAGCAAUCAACAGCUCCCCACCCGACACUCGAGACAACAAUGGAGGCCCAGACAUCCCACGAGAAGAACCGACUGCAGACCAUCGAGCAGAAGGUCAAAGACGUGGAGCACAAGCUCAACACGCGACUUCCAGCCCAGUACCGUCACGUUGCCGCUAUGGUGUGCGGUACCAAGUGGCGUCUACUGACAUUCAAGCCACAAGACGCCGCCUCCGUCGUCAAGAAGAUGCGUCUGGAGCUCGGAGCCUUCGACUACCGCGUUAAGGAGCAGGCGGAGCUGCUCACACGCUACCUGAUCGACUUGGACGGUGUAUUGAGCUACGGAGACGCCGACAUCAAGAACGCUCGCAAGGCAUUGGUAGUGUUCAUCCAGCAGCUGCUGCCUCAGGCCGACGCCUUCAAGGAGCGCAGUGCCAAACUCAAACAGUUCGGAGAGCACGCUCUCGACGGCUUGGAAGGCCCAACACCAGCGCCCUCGACGCCAAUCGACAGUGGUGCUGAGUCCGACGAUAUGCACGUGAAGAAUCUGUUUGAGGAGAGCGAGGAGGAAGAAGAUGACAGCGAAUCAGAGGCUGAAGAACAGGAAGACGUCAAUGAAGACCAAGAAAUGGAGCAGCCAAUUGACGGCACGGAAGACGAGCCCAUGGAGCCCGACGUUGAGGCUGACGAUGAAGCUGAAGACGAGGAAGAAGAAGUUGCUCCUCCGAAGAAGUCGCCACGACUCCAGCCAGCUUCUAACCCGCAGACUCACGCCAUCGACGUCAACUCAUUGCCUGUGUGGCGACCGUACUACACCCUACAGCGUCGCCAGGACGGCAUCUACCUCAUGGCGCGGCUCAACAAUACUGACCCACGUAACGUCCGUGUGCAGUGGAACGAGCACAAUGGUGUGCUUCGCAUCGCUGGUUUCCGAUUGCCAACCCAGAAGGACAUCGUGAUGUCACGUCUCAGUGGUGCACCAACUUUCGGCCGCUUCGAGAUCGUUGAGCAGUUCCCAGUGAAUAUGCUCAACAUGGAGGAGGCCACACAGCAGAUCUUCGAGGACGGUACUCUGCAGAUCCGCAUGCCAUACUACGCGAUGCAAUAUCCAUUGCGGUACCGCCCAGCGUCGCUCUUCCAACCGCAGGACUGCUUUGUAUGGUAAAUGGAUACAGUAUCAUGUACAUGUACAAUAGAGAAGGUAUUUUGUUUACCAAAAUAAAUUCCCUUUGAAAUUCUCAAA